AUGAAUGAAGAAGAGCCUCUUCGAAGUGGUGAAGAAGAAGGAUGCAGAAUAUCACUGUUUGACUUUUCUGUUGAAAAUCAUUUGAAGGCAGUGGAUUCGAUCAGUGAUCUCUGUGGUGAAUCUGUUGCUGAAGUUGAUGAGACUGAUAUCGAUAGAUUAUCAUCAUCAGUUACACUCUUGAGAGAAUGGAGGCAUUUUAAUUAUGAACCAAAAAGUUUUGGAUUCUAUAACGCGGCUGAAAAAAGCUGUGAACCAAAGGAUAUUAACAGUCAAACUUUGCCUCAAUUUUCUUCGGCACGAGCUCCUAAGGUUAAUAUAGAUGACGAUGAAUCCUCAUCAUUUGGUGAACCCAGCAAGGAUUUUGUAAUGCAUGUUGGAGGAUCUGUUUGGGCACUGGAGUGGUGUCCCAGAGUUCAUGGAAAUCCAGAUGCUCAAGCAAAAUGUGAGUUUCUGGCUGUGGCUACUCAUCCGCCUGAAUCAUACAGUCACAAGAUAGGUGUUCGACUUUCCGGUAGAGGCAUUAUUCAGAUAUGGUGCGUUAUAAAUACCACAUGCAAGAAAGAUAGCGCCCAUAUAUCAGAGAAGAAUCAGAAGUUGAAAAGAAAGCCUCAAAAGAAACCAUCCGAUGAAACUAUUCAUAACACAGAACCUAAAAGGCCAAGAGGCAGGCCCAGAAAGUAUCCAAUAGAGACUACAGAGCCUACGAAACGAAGGGGAAGACCUAGAAAGACUAGUACUACUACUGAGCUUCCUGUUGAGCUUGAUGGUGACGUUCUAUAUGUUGAAGCGUUGUCUGUUCGCUAUCCGGAAGAGUCAGUUGUUCCCGCAACACCUCUUCAGAAUGUACAAGAAACUUCAGUAGCAGAAACCAAAAGCAACAAUGAAAGCUCAGAACAAGUGUUGGCUUCAGAAAAUGCAAAUAGUAAACUUCCUUUACGGAGAAAGAGACAGAAAACCCAACGUGCUAAAGAAACUUGCGAACCCGUGGCAUCAGAAAAUAGUGAAGAUGUUGGAAAUGUACCAAGCGAACUAUCCUCAGAUAUCCCUGAAGAUAUUGCUCUUCCAAGGGUUGUCUUAUGCCUGGCUCACAAUGGAAAAGUUGCCUGGGAUAUGAAAUGGCGUCCCUUAUCGGCUGAUGAUUCUCUUAAUAAACAUAGAAUGGGAUAUUUAGCUGUCUUGCUCGGCAAUGGAUCUCUUGAAGUGUGGGAUGUUCCUAUGCCUCAGGCAAUAUCAGCUGUAUAUUUAUCUUCAAAGAAAGCUGCCACUGAUCCUCGCUUUGUGAAAUUGGCUCCCGUUUUCAAGUGUUCAAACUUGAAGUGUGGUGUCACACAAAGUAUUCCUCUCACAGUUGAAUGGUCGACUUUUGGGAACUCUGAUCUAUUACUCGCUGGUUGCCACGAUGGCACGGUUGCUCUCUGGAAGUUUUCUACAACUAAACCUUCAGAAGAUACAAGACCUAUACUUUUCUUCAGCGCAGAUACAGCUCCUAUUAGGGCAGUUGCAUGGGCUGCUGGUGAAAGUGAUCAGGAAAGUUCAAACGUAGUAGCUACUGCUGGACACGGAGGCCUGAAGUUUUGGGACUUACGUGAUCCAUUCCGUCCUUUAUGGGAUUUGCAUCCGGUGCCAAGAUUUAUCUACAGCCUCGAUUGGUUACAAGACCCAAAAUGCGUCUUAUUGUCCUUUGACGAUGGAACAAUGAGAAUCCUAAGCUUGGUGAAGGUUGCGUAUGAUGUUCCCGCAACUGGAAAGCCUUAUCCUAACACAAAACAGCAAGGGCUAAGCGUUUAUAACUGUUCAUCUUUUCCCAUCUGGAGUAUUCAAGUUUCACGGCUAACAGGCAUGGCAGCUUAUUGCACUGCAGAUGGCUCCAUUUUCCAUUUCCAGCUUACGACGAAAGCAGUGGAAAAAGACUCGAGACAUCGGACUCCGCACUUCCUUUGUGGACGAUUGACAAUGAAUGAUUCUUCCACCUUUGCAGUGCAUAUUCCAGUGCCAAACAUACCGAUCUUCUUGAAGAAGCCAGCUGCUGAGACCGGUGAAAAACAAAGAUGCUUUCGAGGUCUCAUAAACGAAUCCCCUAACCGAUAUGCAUCUCCCGCUUCAGAUGUUCAACCUCUAGUCGACGAGGAUCAAGGGCUAGAGUCUGAAACCGAGGGAACAAGCAACAAAGCAUCAAAAUCAAAGGCUAAGAAAGGAAAGAACAAGGCAAUAGAGGAGGACGAGAACAGAGGAGCAUUGGUCUUUGUUAAAGAAGGUGGCGACGAAGAAGAAGAAGGAAGAAGAAAGGAAGCAAGCAACAAUAGCACCGGAGUGAAGGCGGACGGGUUCCCGCAUAAGAUGGUGGCGAUGCAUCGAGUGCGGUGGAACAUGAACAAAGGAAGUGAGAGAUGGUUGUGUUAUGGUGGAGCCGCUGGGAUCGUUCGGUGUCAAGAGAUUGCUCCAUAUGGUUUGGCCGCUCUGAAACCUCGGAGAUAA